ACACAAUAACGUUUUACUGUUUCCUCGGCCCAACUCCUAUCAUUCGGCUGGUUUCAGAUUAGAUAGAAGCUCCAAAGUUAAUUACAGAAACUCUCAAUCAUUCUCCUCAAACUGCACGCACCUUUUGAGCCUUCCAAAAUCCAACGAUUUCUAGCAUUGAAUCCAGUAAUAGUCUUCAAAAACAGAUCGCUCCAUGUUCGAGAUUGAAUUUGCAGAUCAAAUAUGGCGUAUUCCUAACUAUAUACCAAGAAUUUUUGAGAAUAUAAUACUCGGGACGUGACACUUUCCAGGAAUACAUGGCGAUGAAGAGGGCAAAGGAAGCUAUAAAGUAAUGGUAUAUACCCUUCGAUGCCUUGGUGUAUUUAAACCCGCCCUCUCCUCCUCUCUCUCUUUAUUUCAUCUCUCUCACCAAAAUUGGAAGAAAAAUAAAGCUCAUCUUUCACAAUCACGCCUCCUCUGAAACCCCAAAUACGGCAAAAUUCAUCCCAAAUUUGCUCCCGUAUAGUUUAAUUGCAGAGAAUUAGGCUCCCAAUCAACCCCACAAUUCUCCCCCCACCCGCCGCCUCUGCUGCAUUUUCCCCAUUUCCCUCAAUUCUGUUUUCAUCAAUGGCCGAUCGGUCGGACUCUGACAAGAAGUCCGAAAGCACCAGGAAGGACAUGCCGGCUCUUCUUUUGGGGCGGUACGAGAUCGGGAAGCUCCUUGGGCAUGGGACCUUUGCAAAGGUCUAUCAUGCCCGAAACAUCAAAUCCGACGAAGGUGUCGCCAUUAAAGUCAUCGAUAAGGAGAAGAUUCUCAAGGGCGGACUAAUCGCCCACAUCAAACGCGAGAUCUCAAUCCUCCGCCGGGUUCGACAUCCCAACAUUGUGCAACUUUUUGAGGUUAUGGCCACCAAGACCAAGAUCUACUUCGUUAUGGAAUACGUCCGUGGCGGCGAGCUCUUCAAGAAGGUCUCCAAGGGCCGAUUGAAGGAAGAGGUCGCCCGAAAGUAUUUUCAGCAAUUAAUUUCCGCCGUUUCCUUUUGCCACGCGCGUGGUGUUUAUCAUCGCGACCUUAAGCCGGAGAAUUUAUUGCUCGAUGAAAAUGGAGAUCUCAAGGUCUCCGAUUUUGGCCUAAGCGCCGUCUCCGAUCAAAUUCGACAAGAUGGGUUGUUCCAUACUUUCUGUGGUACACCGGCGUAUGUUGCUCCGGAGGUAUUGGCCCGCAAAGGCUACGAGGCCGCUAAGGUCGAUAUUUGGUCAUGUGGGGUUAUUCUGUUUGUUCUGAUGGCGGGUUAUUUGCCCUUCCACGACCAAAACAUCAUGGCAAUGUAUAAGAAGAUUUACAAGGGGGAGUUCCGGUGUCCGAGAUGGUUCUCGCCGGAGCUAGUUCGACUCCUGUCUCGCCUUUUGGAUACAAAUCUGGAAACCCGUUUCACAAUUCCAGAAAUCAUGGAGAAUCGAUGGUUCAAAAAGAGGUAUAAGCAUAUAAAAUUCUACAUCGAAGAUGAUAAGGUGUGCAACGUGGAGGACGACACCCAAGAUGUGGAUUCCUUGUCGGAUCAAUCUCAAUCGGAAUCGGAUUCGGAGUUCAUUGAGACAAGAAGAAAGAUGGGGUCACUCCCAAGACCGGCGAGUUUGAAUGCAUUCGAUAUAAUAUCAUUUUCCCCGGGAUUUGAUCUUUCCGGGCUGUUCGAGGAUGGAGGGGAGGAGGCAAGAUUCGUGUCCAGCGCUCCAGUGUCGAAGAUCAUAUCGAAGCUGGAAGAUAUCGCAAAAUUGGUGAGUUUUAGCGUGAGGAAGAAGGACUGCAGGGUUAGCUUAGAGGGCACACGGGAAGGCGUGAAAGGGCCAUUGACGAUUGCGGCGGAGGUGUUCGAGUUGACGACGAAACUGGUGAUGGUGGAGGUGAAGAGGAAAGGGGGCGACAAAACAGAGUAUGAAGAGUUCUGUAACAAGGAAUUGAAACCGGCAUUGUUGAAUCUGAAGGAGGAGCCGGGGGCAGGUGCUCCGUCACACAUACCUUCAGAUUCUGAAUGAACCAAGCAUGGAGAGAUAUUAUUGAUUCAGACAGAUAGAGAGAAAGGGCAUGGCUACCUCAAAUAAUAAUUGUUCUCAUUGAUGUGCGUGAGAUAAGUCACGCAAUCUCUUGGACUAUUAGAGCUGCUUAUACACACUAGUUCCUUGCUUAGGAUAUUAUUAUGGUAGCCUUGUGCUCUUCAACAUUAAUAUAUAUUUGCAUGUAAUUCAAAAUAAAAUUCCAAAUUCGUAUA